CAGCAAGCGAGCUGUGUUGAGACUGCUGCCUGCCGCCACCGAGAUCUCUUGCAAUGGGACGGGGUUUCAGCAACCUUCAACAGCAUCUUCUUGGAGCUCAAACUAGGUUAACCAUCGCAGAGGGCUCGGCAGGGAAGACUAGCCCCAUCAUCCCUAAUGAAGUGCACACAGGCGUUGCUAGCUUUCGGCAGCAAUUCCCAGCUUGCUCUCUGUUGCUGUCUGCCUGCCUUGAAAUACGGGGCCGAUCUGCGGCGGAGGCGAUGCAGGCUUCAAGCACUGAGCCAGUUAGCACGCAGAGGCCUAAUAAUUCGGGCAAGGCCAGGGUCAGACACCGUGAGAAUUAUGCACAAAACACAAGGACGAUAUGGCAAGCUGGAAGCAACGAAGAGAAGAAGCCAAGAGGGAAAAGCCCUGCCCUAAAUGUGACGAAGCAGAUCGGCAGGCUGGAAAGCCCCGUUGCCAUCCUGUGGCUCGUACCCAGUCCGCUCUCUGGCUGCACCCUACCUGCUGCUGCUACGUUUGUCGCUGCUGCUGUACGAUCCGAAUAAACCCCGUUUACAACUG